AAAACAUUAUAAAAAUUUCUUACAUUCCAAUAUUUUAUGCUUCAAAUAAAACUGGACCCAAAGUUGAGAAAGAGAGUCGAGAAAGCACAAAUCAAUAGUGCAUCUGUGAGUCAGAAGCUAAGGAAUAAGCAUACGAAAUGGUAGUCGCGUUGGGUUUCUCGGCACCAUUCAGCUUCUCAAUCACUUCUCAGAACAAACCCUCUUCUCUUCCUCUAUCUUCUUCCAGAAACCCAAAGAGGUCCAUAGUCUCUUCUACUUUGUCUUCUUCCUAUGGAAAUUUCUCAACAACUGGAUUAUCCAGCAAGACUUCCGGGUCACCUUUGCUGCUUGAUGAGAAGAAUUUUCAUGGUACCAGUACAAGUUAUGGUACUAUAGAAGCCAGAAAAGGAAAUCCACCCAUGAUGCCAGCAGUGAUGACCCCAGGAGGACCUUUGGAUCUCUCUACUGUGAUGUUUAGGAACCGGAUAAUCUUCAUAGGUCAGCCAGUGAAUGCACAGGUGGCUCAACGAGUCAUAUCACAGCUUGUGACACUGGCAACUAUUGAUGAAAAUACUGAUAUUCUGAUGUAUUUAAAUUGCCCUGGUGGAAGUACAUACUCUGUGUUGGCAAUUUAUGAUUGCAUGUCUUGGAUAAAGCCUAAGGUUGGAACAGUAUGUUUUGGUGUAGCUGCUAGCCAAGGAGCACUUCUUCUUGCAGGUGGUGAAAAGGGGAUGCGCUAUUCAAUGCCCAAUACACGUAUUAUGAUCCACCAACCACAAAGUGGAUGUGGGGGUCACGUGGAAGAUGUGAGGCGUCAAGUUAAUGAAGCAGUUCAAUCUCGCCAUAAAAUUGACAAAAUGUAUGCUGCUUUUACGGGACAAUCAAUAGAGAAAGUGCAACAAUACACUGAGAGGGAUCGUUUCUUAUCUGUUUCGGAGGCUAUGGAGUUUGGACUAAUCGAUGGCGUGUUGGAAACUGAAUAUUAGUUUCUUACUGAUUUGAGUGUUUUAACAUUCUUUUCUCUGUUGGGCAUUCUAGAGUUUAUUUCAAUGGCAGUUUGCAGAUGUGGUCGUUGGAACUGAAAUUUUAAGUUGUUUCCAAUAGUUUGAAUGGCACUUCCAUUUUAUUCUAUGAUGGAAUCUGGUUUAGCAUUGUAAUAAAUUAUUCUGAUAUGAACUUUUUACAGUUGGGAUU